UAUUCCAGCAGGAAGGGUUCUUUGCAGGGUCUGCACAUCCUGAUACAGCUACGAGGAGCAUACAUCAGAGUACUGAAGCGCUGAAUCAAUUAACCCUCUCUGGCUUUUCUCCAGCCAAGCCCCACUCAUUUAUUUCCGUGCUUUCAAGCACAGAGCUGGAUGCGCUGGAAUGAAUCAAUCAGCAAACAACAGUAGCAGUGGAUUGCAAGUUUUCCUAAUGAACAAAGAAAAGCGCACUGAGAUUGUGCUAACCACUUAGUAAAAUCAUCAAAAGAAUGGAAGGGCAGAAAAUAAAUAAUCUUAUUUUUAUCUUUUUUAAAUGCAGCAAGAACAAUUUUUUUCUUCCAUUCAAGAGCCGGAGAAAAUACCUGGAUAAGGAAGAUAGUUUUCCCAAAAGAGAAAUUCUUAAUCUCGAUGUGAAAAGAAACAUAAGUGCUAAACAAAAGCAGGCAAAGAGAGACACUUCAGAAAAAAAAAACAAGAAACAAAAACAGAUUAACAACUUGCUUUCUAGAAAAUAGUGAAAAGUAUCUUAAAAUCCAUCACAUGAUGAAAAGGAAGAACUAAUUACAAAGGAUCAUCCUGGAUAUAAAGUGAACUCUACUGAAAUGCAAGAGAAAAAGCAGUAAAAGACAGGAGCUAAUGCACUGCUUACUUUUCGCAGCUAUUGAAUUCUCUUGUAUGAUCGUCUGAAACCUGAAGCCCACUCUAAAGGGGACACCAGACCACCGAACCUGACCAGCCAGAGAUGGACACAAGACAAGACUUCAAUUUUUAAGACUUAACUGUGCUCAGCAAGACACAGGAUAAAAAAAACUUCGGAUACAAGCUCUGACAUGGUUACUGUGGCUCAAAAUAGCAGAUGACCAGUUUACCAUACUGACCAUGCUGGCCUUUCUUCAGGACCAUCCUGGACCAGAGAGGCACAGUGAACUCUUCCACCGUACGCAAUUCCUGCCCCAAAUACGGCUCCUGAAUACGUUGUGCUGGAAACAAACAUGUCCCAUCCUCUACAUUUCUUGAACGGGUCUGGAGCUGACAAUGGAUCUUUGUCACCUCUCUCAGUAUCAGGAGAACUCAAAGAGAACUACCCAAAUGACGAGCAAGGGAACAAAGUGCGUUGGGCGGCUUUACUGUUUCUCCUGGUGAUCAUCCCCACCAUCGGGGGGAACAUACUUGUUAUACUGGCGGUGUCUCUGGAGAAAAAGUUGCAAUAUGCUACCAACUACUUUUUAACAUCCUUGGCGGUGGCAGAUUUGCUCGUGGGACUGUUUGUGAUGCCGAUUGCCCUUCUCAUAAUAUUGUUUGAUAAUUCCUGGCCUUUUCCAACUGCCUUGUGUCCUAUCUGGCUGUUCCUUGAUGUCCUCUUUUCCACAGCUUCCAUCAUGCACCUCUGUGCCAUCUCACUAGACCGCUAUAUUGCGAUUAAAAAGCCAAUCCAGGCUAGUCAGUACAAUUCAUGGGCUACAACAAUCAUCAAAAUCAUCAUCGUCUGGCUCAUUUCGAUAGGUAUUGCUAUUCCAGUCCCUAUCAGAGGCAUUGAAGAUGGAAAUGGCAACUCUACAAACAUCACAUGUCUUCUGACGCCUGAUCGUUUUCAUGACUUUAUCCUGUAUGGAUCAGUGGCUGCAUUCUUUAUUCCCCUAGCUAUCAUGAUAGUCACUUAUUUUCUGACAAUUCAAGUGCUACGCAAGAAGGCCUACUUGAUCAACAAACCACCUCAACGUUUGACUUGGUCAACAGUGUCCACGGUUUUUCAGCGUGACACAACACCUUCCUACUCACCAGAAAAGGUGGCCAUGCUAAACGGCUCCAGAAAGGACAAGACUUUGUCCAACGAUAUGCCCAUCUGCAGAAUGUCUACAAUUGGGAGGAAGUCUAUGCAAACCAUAACCAAUGAACAAAGGGCAUCAAAAGUUCUUGGGAUUGUAUUUUUUCUUUUCUUGUUGAUGUGGUGCCCGUUCUUCAUAACUAACAUAAGCUCAGUCCUCUGCAACUCCUGCAACAAGGAAGUUUUUCAAAAGCUCAUGGAGAUAUUUGUUUGGAUAGGAUACGUUUCCUCAGGAGUGAACCCUCUUGUCUAUACACUCUUCAACAAAACAUUUCGGGAGGCUUUCAGCAGGUAUAUCACUUGCAACUAUCGGACCACAAAGCCUGCCAAGAUCCUUCGGAAGUGUUCCAGCAGGAUCUCUUUCAGGAAUUCUGUGACAGAAAAUUCCAAGCUCUUUGUUAUGCACGGGAUGAGAAACGGGAUUAACCCCAUAAUGUACCAGAGCCCAAUGAGGCUGAGGAAUUCACCUAUCCAAGCAUCAUCAGCCAUUCUGCUGGACACAUUGCUGCUCACAGAAAAUGAAGUUGAUAAAACAGAAGAACAAGUAAGCUAUGUAUAGUGAAAUGGCAACUAUGUCCAUGUCAUAGUAUUACUGCCUGUAUUAUUCUAGGUAACUGUGCUAUAAAGAGGUCAUAAAUACUAUUGUUUUAUUUAUGCAAGCAAUAUCUUAUAAAUUUAUAAGAAAUCUUCGCCUCCCAUUCCGUGAUAAACAAUGACUAUUGCAAAACUGUAUCCUACAGAAAAAGGGAAAUAAAUAAAAGCUAAAUCAAUGUGAGUAUCUAACUUCA